CAAUUGAAUUUAUUCCUUUCCAUAAAUUUAAGCUUCUCAUUCAAAAAUACAAUAAAUUAUUCACUAAUAAAAACAUUUUUUUGUUGCAAUCAAUGAUCUGUCAAAAAUUAUUCCUUGCCAUAAAACUUGUUACGUACAAAUAAUAUUCCAAUUCAAGCAAGUAACAUUGUAUUCUCAUAACAUUGCUAAACAUUUCACAUGCAUGAUAUGGAAGUGGAAAACCCAGAAGAAAUUGUUAAUGGAGAUGAAGAAGGGCAUUCCCAUAGAAAGUGUUCUGUGGACAAUUGUGAGGUAGACCAUGACAGUAUUCUGUGUCUGCUUAACUCCGAGAUGAUGGGAGACGAAGAGGAAGGAAGGUUUCUCGAGUCCAAUGUUUCCCGCACAUCGGAGUCUUUGUCGUUCAAACACAAACGCGUUCUCGAUUAUAUCGAAAUGGAUUUUGAUUCGAGCGAGAAUGUUGUUCAUGUCCCGCUUUGUUCUGAUGAUAAGAGGUUAACCGCACCAAGACUGCUCAGAGAGAGAAAAGAGAACGUAAAGUUGUACAAAAAAGCUUGGAAGCAUUGUUUGCUACACAAUCAAAUGAAGACAAAGAAGAAGAGGAAGAAAGAUAUCCACGUAGAGAUGGUCCUCUACAUGGCCAACUGACAAUCUCAUCUUCUUCCGACGACUGCAUUUCUCUUUGUCGUUCCAAUAGCAGUGCUAGUGCUCAAUCUUUUGUCUUCCCAAUAUUAAAUUCAGAUUUGUGUGGAAGUCCGAUCACACCAUGUGAGAAGAGGCUCAACAAGAAGGUAUCAUAUUGGAGAAAGUAUUGUUUUGGCUGCUGGAUAUUUUGAAUUACUCUAUCUGUAUUGAUGUUAUUACAAUAAAUUAUGGAUAAAAUA